AUGCUCAGUCACAGGGAACAGGAAAAAAAAAAAAAAGCACCAACCAUAAAAGGAUGUCUGCACAGUUUCUGUUAAAGCAACAUGCCACACUUAACUUGCUUCAGUUUGAACAAAUACUGACUGCUGCUACGGAGGCCCUAGAAGGCACUGGUAUUAACCUUGUCUACCACUGCUGGAUACAGAAAUGGCUAACAAUUUUACUCUACCUUUGAUAACUCUUCAGGGAAACAACUGUGAUCUUUAUGCACACCACCACACGGCCAGGAUAUUAAUGCCUAUGCAUUACAGCCUUGUCUUCAUCAUUGGCUUGGUGGGAAACUUGUUGGCCUUGGUUGUCAUUAUUCAAAACAGGAAAAAAAUCAACUCUACCACCCUCUAUUCAACAAAUUUGGUGAUUUCUGACAUCCUGUUUACUACUGCUCUGCCAACACGGAUAGCCUACUAUUCACUGGGCUUUGACUGGAAAAUAGGUGAUGCACUGUGCAGGAUAACUGCUCUUGUGUUCUACAUCAACACAUACGCAGGUGUGAACUUUAUGACCUGCCUAAGUAUUGACCGUUUCUUUGCUGUGGUGCACCCUCUGCGAUACAACAAGAUUAAAAGAAUUGAAUACGCAAAAGGCAUUUGCAUAUUUGUCUGGAUACUAGUAUUUGCUCAAACACUUCCACUGCUCAUCAACCCUAUGUCAAAGCAGGAGGCUGAAAGGACUACUUGCAUGGAAUAUCCAAACUUUGAAGAAACAGCAUCUCUUCCCUGGAUUCUGCUUGGUGCCUGUUUCAUAGGCUAUGUGCUUCCACUCAUAAUCAUUCUCAUCUGCUAUUCUCAAAUCUGUUGCAAACUCUUUAGAACUGCCAAACAAAACCCAUUAACUGAGAAAUCUGGCGUAAACAAAAAGGCUCUCAACACGAUUAUCUUUAUCAUUGUUGUAUUUGUUCUCUGCUUCACACCUUACCACUUGGCAAUUAUUCAACACAUGAUUAAGAAGCUUGUUUUUCCUGAUCUCCUAGAAUGUAGCCAAAGACAUUCCUUCCAGAUUUCUCUGCACUUUACAGUAUGCCUGAUGAACUUCAACUGCUGCAUGGACCCUUUUAUAUAUUUCUUUGCAUGUAAAGGGUACAAGAGAAAGGUCAUGAAGUUGUUGAAACGUCAAGUCAGUGUAUCAAUUUCCAGUGCUGUAAGGUCAGCCCCAGAAGAAAAUUCACGGGAAAUGACAGAGUCGCAGAUGAUGAUACAUUCUAAAACUUCAAAUGGAAGAUAAAAGGACCACAUCUUGGACUAUAUAGCCAAGUAUAUACUGUAUGGUGAACUCUUCAGGACUCUCUUACAAAGCAAAAUGUUCAAUUUCCAAUUAGGAUUUCUUUCAUUGGGCACUAUUUCCCACCAUCAACUUGGAAGUAAAUGGAUUUAAAGAUAUUAGUGCAAGAGAACAUAAAACAAGCUCUACUUCCUUCCAGCCAUGAGUGUGACAAAAGAGAAAAGACUGAUUAGACUGUAUAUUGCUGGUGUAAAAAUGUUAAUGUUGUAAUAUAUUUUGGUAAUCUGUGUUUCUUUCAAUUUUAUGUUUUAUCUCCUCAGUAACACUUUUUUUUGUUUUAUUCUGAGUCGUAACUGUCUCAAAGGACACUUUUCAGAAUAAAAAGCAGGAUGCUACAAAAUUUUGAGUUUGUCCCUCAAUGCCCAGGUCAACUAUCAGCAGAAGUUACAGGGGAGUAGAAUUAGCAAUAGAUAGAUUUGAAUAGCAUCGAUAUAAAUGUUGAUGAUGCCUGAGGCAACGAAAGCAUCAAGCUUUUCCCCAAACCAUCUGCACAGUAUCUAAGGGAUACCACUCAAGAAUGUGACAAGGAUCUUACAUGAGGCACCUACUGGGAGGAGGGUCCACUUGCUAAAUUUUUCUUGAGAACAAAAAAACAUGCAGAACUGUUUGGUAUUCCUUGGUUCUUUAGCAGAUUGUUUCUAUUUUACCCCUAGGUUGGUAGUACUGUAUUGUUUCGU